AUGACCUCCGAUAAACAAAACAACGGCUACUCCGCCAAACCAUUUACGCCCACCCUCAGUGCGGCCUUUCACCGCUCCAACAAAUCUCCUCUGACUCCGAAAUUAGCCAGUCCCAGCCCAGGCCAUGCUGGUCCUCGCCGUCUCGCCAAUCCCGAUCAUGCUCAUCCCUAUUCGACUCCCUCCAAGGAAGACCUCCCCGCCGCCACUCCGAGCUACCUCGGUGUCAAUGUCACCCCUCGCUCGGGCUCUCGAAACACCCGUCGUGAUGUCGGGUUCCCCUCUCCGACAAAUACUCUUCCCAUAUCGUCUCCGCAAACUCCAUACGUCCAACCCACUGUCGGCCUGGGCCUCAAUGGUGUACGACGGGAACGCAGCCCGGCUCGCGGGGUGAAGCCAGAGCAAUCGAGCAGCUUGAGGGCAAAGACACUCAGAGCAGAAGGACAGCAAGUGUCUCGCCCAAAUUCCUUCACCGAUAUGGUCGCUGGCUCGCCCAUGUUCUUCCACGCCGCUGAAACACGAUCGUCCAAUUCCUCCGAUGUCGAACAGUCCCGUCCGAAACAGGGGAAGAUGCCACCGGCCUCUAGCUUUAUGUACGCAAAUGGGGAUCAAGAACGUCACUCAUCACCGGAAGGAUCCUAUGUCACAACCACCUCUUCCCGCCGGUCGGGAGGACUCCCUCGCGUUGCUCCUACUACCAAACAGGGCCCUUCGCCCGUCCCACGCCUGAAGUCUCCCCGUGUCUCAGACGCAACGUCUCCGCUUAUUGAACCCCCAAGCAAUUCUAGUCCGAAUAUGGACCAGGCUAUUGAUGGUCAUUUACCGCGUGUUAGCUCUCCCCCGAGCAUCAUAUCAGAUGGGCCACAGCUCCUUUCAAUUGGGAAACAUCGAAAGUCCUCCAGCAUGGACUCCACUGGUCAACCACACCACACGAUGUCGCAAAGGAAUGGACUUCAUGCUAGCCCAGUCAUCAUGCCCAAUAUUCAAACCCACUACGCCGAAAGUCCGGCUCCUGUGUUAUCCGACCAGGUCCCGAAUCUUCGCCCCCGACUCUUCAGUAACGGUUCCUCCGUCUCCACGGACCACUAUCAGUCUAUGCCUAUGAGCCCUGGGAAAUCAGAGAGUGGAGAGGUUGCCCUGAAUGCUCGAACAGAGCGAAAGAUUAUGGAUUUGGAAAUCAGCAACUCCUCUCUACUUGCGAUCAACCGAACCCUGGAACGAGAAAUGCGCAAGCAAAAUGCGGAACUUCGCAGGUUCCGACGCUUAAGUCGCUCCGGUCGCCUUUCCAUGGCUCCUUCUACUCGCUCCUUUUCUGGCACGGCGCUGUCAACAACAAGCGAGCUGGACGAAGGCACCAGUGAACUUUCCUCUUCACGAUCUCACGAUGAAAUGUCCGAUUUCAGCGACGAAGACUCUGUCGCAGAUGACGGAGUCGUCAGUCCUGACACCCUUGCCGAUCAUGAUGCAAAACAUCGUGCUCAUGAUGAGAAACGAUUCAUGCUCGAUCUAGCUCGGCACCAGGAAUUCUUGGUGGACAGCCAGAAAUUAAACCAGAGCCUUAAACGAUGCCUCGGGUGGACCGAAGAGCUUAUCAAGGAAGGCCAGAAGGCCCUGGAAUACCAUGUGCAUGUUCAGGAUGUUGCGAUAGGCGGUCGCGUCCUGUCUCCGGAGGAAUUGGGCGAGGUCGGCGAAAGUGGGCGAUCUCUGCUGAGCCCAUCGGCCCACUACGGUUCAUUUAUGUCCCCGGAGCUACCGUUUGAUGAUUCUACCCUGACCGACCCAGCUUCACUCCCUUUACCAUCGUCUCCUGGCGGGACAGAUUAA